AUGCCGCCAUCCGGUCACAAACGACAUCGCGAUGAAGAAAUCAGACAUGGAUCAUCGGUCCAGAAGCGGGAAAAGUAUACUGCAAUUGCUUGCAAUCAAUGCAGGAAGCGAAAGAUCAAAUGUAGCGGCAGUAAGCCCUGUCACCAUUGCAAAUCGUCUGCGGUGGACUGUACAUACCCCGAGAACUGCGACAGCAGUCAACUUCCAAAAACGAAUACUAAAGAAAGAAUGGCCGCGGUUGAAGAGCAAUUAACGACCCUAAUGGAACACAUGAAACAACUUGCAAAUAACGUUCAAGAUAUCCGCGACACCCAGACGACACAAGGUCAUGAGGGCAACACGGCACAUUAUUCUCUACCAUCUGUAGUGGGAAACACUCAUCGAAGAGACAGACCGACAGAGCCGCAGUUCAUAGGCCCGACAAGUUCUGAUUACAACUUCAGCAUGGCCAAAAAUACCCUGCGACAGAUGGGAAUACAAUCAGAAGAUUUGAAUAAUCAGGCCAUGACUUUGACAAGUCCUUUCCCAAGCCGUGUACAAAGCCCAGAGCCUGCCCGCAUACAAUGCAGCUUAUCAAUGAAUAGACAAGAUAUCCAACAUGCAUUCGAGGUUUAUAGGGAGGAAUUGCACCCAGUAUAUCCAUUUCUAGAUCUCGAUGAGAUACGAAAACAGAUGGCGAGUCUUUUUGGUAGACCCGAGAAGGAUCUCGACGAGAUAUCCGAUCAAUACAAGAAAACUCUUAGUAUUCUAAGAAUGAUUCUAGCAAGCGUGUCAGUUCUUGAAGCGCGAGGCAAGACAGCUUUUGCGCAGCGUUUGGUUGAUACUGUGGAAGAUGAGAUCGGCACUAUCCUCAGGCAAUCUGAGGUAUCGUUGCCAGAUUUGGAAAUCCUCACUUUGACUAGCAUAUACUACUUCCAUUGCGACGAGCCCGUCCUUGCUUGGAGAAGAAUCGGCAACGCAGCCAGGGCGGCGAUUGAAAUGGGUUUACAUCGUCGAGAGACCCUGGAAAAGAAUUUCCUCGACGUCAACAUGCAAGCUCAGGCUCUAAAAAUCUUUUGGUGCAUCUAUGUCUUGGAUCGCCGGUGGAGCUUUGGUAUUGGGAUGCCGUUUGUAUUACACGACGAGGAUAUUGAUCCUGCAUUACCCACGCGUCAUUGCGAACCAUAUCUACGAUGUAUGAUAUCCUACGGGCAAAUUUGCUCCAAAGUCUGGAAAGCCGUUGCCGGCUUCACUGAUAUCAACGCAACCAACAAAGACACUGUGAACUAUCUCGACUUUCAAAUACAGCAAUGGCUUGAGACGAUCCCGUCAUCACUACACCUUAUCCAUCCACGACUAGGUGAUGCCGCACAAAACCAGCCCAAAGUUCUGCAGAUGCUUCGUACCUUCCUUUAUAUCCGCGCAAACCACAUGCGUAUAUACGUUCAUCGUCACAAUAUCUUAUCUCCCAGCGGUAUUGCGCAGAACCCAAGCGCUGCGUGCUUAGUGAUUGAUAUCGCCAAGGAUACCAUUCAUGUUCUUGUGCAUUUACGUGAGACAUCUACGGUAUACGACACCCAGCAAGUUCCCUUUAACUACUUUCUGGUAUCUGCAUUUUCUGCAAUCUUUCUGGGAGUGUGCCAUGCGCCGGAGAGAUUUAGCCAUACAUGCCGCACAGAAUUCUACAGUGCGUUGGAACUUUUGUAUACUUUGUCUGCCCGAUCUUCUAUAACGCGCCGACUCUGGAAGGGUAUCAAGGGGUUACGGCAUAUUGCACCGCGUUUGGGUCUAUCUCCUACGAAAUCACCGGAAGAUGGAGCUCUUCCUUCAGCGCUCGACAAUUCAAUCUACGACACUAUCCAUCAGGUUGCGCGGACAUCAUCACCAUCGUUUCCUCCAUACCGACAGCGGCGAGCGACCAUUCCAUCGUAUAUUUCUAAUGUACAACACAUUGCGGAUGCUCCAGGCCCAAUAACAGGGAUCAGCCGUCCAGUUCUCACACCUCAGUCAAUCUCUGGAGAAUUUCCACAAACGACCUCCACACAAUACUUGCCAAUAACAAAUUCGACAACCACGGAAACUGCUUCAACGCUUGAAGAUCCUAUGUCACUUUCCACAGUAUCAGAUGUGUACGAGAUGGGCAAUGAUUUGACUGCAUUUUUCGAGGCUUUCUUCUCACAGAAUCAACAGCUAGCUACGGAUGACCAAGGAGCCGGGCACAUGGACUCUUCUGGUUUAGUUGGUGCAGGGUUAGACUUGUUGCAGGAUCGAGAGGAGUUGUCACAGCUUUUCGAGACUUUUUUAUAG